CAUUUCCCACAAGUCUGUGCUGCGGGGCGGCCCUGCUGCUGGUGGAUCAUGGCGGAUGAGGAGUUGACAGAGAAGGGAACUCCGAAAGUGGAGAUUCUUCAGAACGGAGAUGCGCACAAGUUAAAGGAGGAGGGGGAGCAGGUGGAGGAGGCUUCUAAGAAGAAGAGGAAAAAGAAGAAGAAGAGUAAAGCGGCGGCUGAAGCAGUGAACAAUGAUGCUGAAGAAGCAGCUGACAUCAAUAAGGUGACGAAACAGUUGGAGCAGCAGGCCUUGGAUGACCAAGAAAAGGAAGAUGACGGCGAGGAUGAUGGAGAGGAAGGAGAUUCAGCUGGAAAGAAGAAGAAAAAGAAGAAGAAAAAGAAAGGAUCCAAGGGACAGACAGAUCCUCCAUCUAUUCCUAUAUGUGAGCUUUAUCCAAGUGGAGUUUUCACCAAGGGACAAGAAUGUGAAUAUCCAACUGUGCAAGACGGCCGUAGUGCUACAUGGAGAACAAGCAUUGAGGAGAGGAGGGUGUUGGACAAGGCCAAUGAGGAAAUGUGGAAUGACUUCAGGCAGGCAGCAGAAGCUCACCGGCAAGUCAGGAAGUACGUCAUGAGCUGGAUUAAACCAGGCAUGACUAUGAUUGAGAUUUGUGAGAAACUGGAGGACUGCUCUAGAAAACUAAUCAAAGAGAAUCGUCUAAAUGCUGGUCUUGCUUUUCCUACUGGUUGUUCCCUCAACCACUGUGCUGCACACUACACCCCCAACGCUGGGGAUCCCACGGUGCUCCAGUAUGAUGAUGUCUGCAAGAUUGACUUCGGCACGCACAUUAAUGGAAGAAUCAUUGACUGUGCCUUUACUGUCACCUUCAACCCAAAGUAUGAUAAACUGCUAGAAGCUGUUAAAGAUGCUACAAAUACUGGAAUUAAGUGUGCAGGAAUAGAUGUCCGUUUGUGUGAUAUUGGGGAAUCCAUUCAGGAAGUCAUGGAGUCUUACGAGGUUGAGCUAGAUGGCAAAACGUAUCAAGUGAAGCCAAUCCGGAAUCUCAAUGGCCACUCUAUUGGACAGUACAGAAUACAUGCUGGCAAGACUGUCCCCAUUGUUAAGGGUGGUGAGGCAACCAGAAUGGAGGAGGGAGAGGUGUAUGCCAUCGAGACCUUUGGAAGCACCGGAAAAGGCAUGGUGCAUGAUGACAUGGAGUGCUCACAUUACAUGAAAAACUUUGAAGUCGGACAUGUGCCAAUCAGACUCCCAAGGGCCAAGCACCUCCUGAAUGUUGUUAAUGAGAAUUUCGGCACAUUGGCAUUUUGCCGCCGCUGGCUAGACCGUCUGGGUGAAACAAAAUACCUGAUGGCACUAAAGAACCUGUGCGACCUGGGCAUCAUUGACCCCUACCCGCCUCUGUGUGACACCAAAGGCUGCUACACUGCUCAAUUUGAGCACACCAUCCUACUGAGGCCAACCUGCAAGGAGGUGGUCAGCCGUGGCGAUGAUUAUUAGAGCUUAUGCUCACCAAUUUCUCAAAAUUACGGACGCACUUGUGUGUUGAGUUGGGUGGGAGGUAAAUGCUUGGCUAGCCUGUGCCUGUCAUGUUGACAUUUAUGGUAUUUCUGGAGGAUUUGGGGCUGUGAGACUAAGAGGUUUGUCUGUUGGCAUUCUGUAUGCUUUUGGAGGUUCAGGACAGACAGUUUUGAUCUCCUCACCCUCCAAAUUAGCAAGCGUUAAAUUUUGAAAAAUUGGUGGACGUUUCUUAAUGUAAGCGCACCAUGUUAGCCAAGGGAGGUCUAAUGUUGAGCUGUAUUACACCACCAUGCAAAAAAGUAUUUAGAGGGGUGACGAGAAGGUAAUGUUCACUGAUUCUCUAUUUUUCCUUUCCUUCAUAUUGGGAACAGCUUUGUUCCUCUGCAGCUUUCAGUUUUAGUCUUAUUUGAUUAAAUUUUGGAUGCAUUGAUAGGAUGGUGCAGAAAUUGGAUUUUUUAAAUUCCUGUUCACAGGAAUAAGCCAGUAUAACAGUGUAGAUACAUCUUAAACAUGCAGCUGUGCUUUGUUGCCUUUACGGAAAAAGUAAUAAUGCUUUCGUCACUUGGACAACAUCUGGCGAUGACUCAUAAUAAUCUUGCAUGUUUGGGCUGAGCUGUGUUUUGAGCUGAAUUCAGUCACUUCUCUGGAUAAAGCACAAUGUAGUGUUUUAUUUUGAAUUACAAAUAAACUUUGUAAGAAAUGAUUACUUUCAA